UCUGCCUCCCACACUGAGCCCCAGAGCUGCUGCAGCUCAUGACCAAAACAUGAAGCUGUCGAUUUAACCGAAUGAACUACUGCUUGUGAAGGAGGGAAAAGUAAAAAUCCCUUAAAAUUUAUCUUUCUCUUUAGGUUUAAAAAGAACAGAGGAAGAAGAGAGGAAAGAACAUGUCUGAAUUCAGCCAAAACUCUGAUGAAGAAGUGUGCCCUGAAGACAUCGAUGAGGAUGAAAUCCUGGCCAACCUGUCCCCUGAGGAGCUGAAGGAGCUGCAGUGUGAGAUGGAAGUCAUGGCCCCAGACCCCCAAGUCCCAACUGGGAUGAUACAGAAGGAUCAGACAGAGAAACCCCCCACAGGAAGCUUUGACCACAGGUCCCUGGUUGACUACCUGUACUGGCAGAAGGCAUCCAGACGCAUGCUCGAGGAUGAGAGAGUUCCCGUCACCCUCUUGCCCUCUGAGAGAAGUGCUGAGGAGGAGCAGGAAGGCAAGGCCGGUGGCAGCAGAGAGGCGGCCAGCGGGAGGGUGCCAGGAGCAGAGGCAAAAGAGAGACAUUACAAAAAUGAGCACUUUUCCAACUCAGGAGCACAACAUGGGGAGACAAACAAAAAUGGAAGUGAUAGGGAGAGGGAGGAGGAGAAAGAAGCAGAGAAGAAAGACGAAGAUGAGACUGAAUCAGAAGGAAAGGAGACUUACACCAAGGCAAACCAUCUGAGCGAUCAGAUAAGUAAGAAACCAGGUACAGAACCUGGACAAGUCACAGAAAAGCCAAAUGAAAAUGAGAAGAAAAUUUCAAAAUUAAACAUCCCAAAAAAGUUAGCACUGGAUACCAGCUUCAUGAAAAUAAGUGCCAGGCCUUCAGGAAAUCAAACUAAUUUAGAAGAGAGUCUGGAGAAAGUCCGGAAAAACAACCCAGACAUGAAAGAGCUCAACCUGAACAACAUAGAAAACGUCCCCAAAGAAAUGCUGAUAGAUUUUGUCAAUGCCAUGAAAAAGAAUAAGAACAUAAAAACUUUCAGCUUGGCCAAUGUGGGGGCUGAUGACAACGUGGCUUUUGCGGUGGCCAACAUGCUGCGGGAAAACAGGAGCAUCACCACCUUGAACAUUGACUCCAACUUCAUCUCUGGCAAAGGGAUCGUUGCAAUCAUGAGGUGCCUGCAGUACAAUGAGACGCUGACGGAGCUUCGCUUUCACAACCAGAGGAGCAUGCUGGGCCACCAGGCAGAAAUGGAGAUUGCUAGGCUGCUGAAAGCCAACUCUACCCUCCUUAAAAUGGGGUAUCAUUUUGAACUGCCAGGGCCCAGGAUGGUGGUGACCAACCUGCUCAGCAGAAACCUGGACAAGCAGAGGCAAAAGAGGCAAGAGGAGCAGAGGCAGCAGCAAAUGAAGGAGCAGAGGGAGUUGAUAGCCAUGCUGGAAAAUGGACUUGGGUUGCCUCCUGGGAUGUGGGAAAUGCUGGGGGGUCCGCUGCCCCAGCCGAUGAUGCAUGAACCCCCACGAGCCCCAAAACCACCCGUCCCUGCAGCUAUGUCUCUGAGCAAAAGGCAGGAGAACGUGAGGCAGCCACCCCCCGAGCAGCCACGCAGGGAGGAGCCCAGCAGCUUCAGGGUGGUCAAGCUGAAGAAGACCCAGCGCAAACCCGCCGUGCCAGAGUACGUGGAACCCGCCGAGAAAACCAACCUCAAAGACGUCAUCAAAACCCUCAAACCAGUUCCCAGGAGAAGGCCACCACCCCUGGUGGAAAUAACCCCGAGAGAUCAGCUGCUAAACGACAUUCGCCAGAGUAACGUGGCUUAUCUCAAACCGGUGCCAUUGCCAAAGCAGCUGGAGUGAGAGACCAGACUGACCUGAAGAAAACAACUUGGAAUAAAGACAAUUCAAGUUUUGCCUACAGUUAUUUCAGCAGAAGUUUUCUGCAGAACCCAGGUGGUAACUAUGACUCUUUGGGAACAAAGCUUGUGAUUCACACUCUUCUAAGUGUGGUGAAAAUGGCUGGCAUGGGAAAAGGCAGAGCUAAGUGUUUCCAUCAGGUAUCAAACAACCCCAGUGCCAUCUGUUUGCCAAGUGGAUUUGAGGCUAUGGUUUGUUGUGGGAGUAUUUUCUCAGAGGCAUCAAUAACCUUGUCUUUCUAGUUUGUCAGCAAACUAUUUUGCUUCCACGUUGUCCUUCUGCUGCCAGAUUCUGCAGGAACAUGCUGUGCUUUCUCUUAUCUUUCUUUUCACACACAUGCUCCUUUAUUAUUCUAUUUUCCAUGAGAAAUGUAUUUGGUUUCCAUGUAUACAGCUUCAUUUUUUAGUCUGAGGAAAGAGAAAUGAAAUAAAGCUCUCUCUCUCUAA